AUGUUAGGUCUUAGAGUGGCCGCAGCAGGCCCUGCAGUUAGCCGGAGUAUGGAGCCCAUGGGCCUUCAUAGCACCUCCCAAGCCCUGUACAUGGUCCUUUUAAUAGUGCUGGUCAUGAGGAGCUUGGUGUUUGGUAAUUUUGAUCCUGUCAAUCCGGAACCCCCUCAUCCAGCUCAGUUCUCCAAAUAUCUGCGCUGCUAUCGAUGCCUCUUGGAGACCAAGGAGUUGGGAUGCCUUCUGGGAUCUGACAUCUGCCUUGCCCCUCCUGGCAGCAGCUGCAUGACUCUGCUCAUAAAGAACAGCAGUGGUUCUGACAUCAUGGUGAGUGACUGCUGCCGCAAGGAGCAGAUGAGUGAUUGUUCGUAUACCCGCUCUUCUCCAGUGUUUGGCUUCUGGAUAUUUUCUCGAUGCUGCUUCCUGGUCUGCAAUAACCCUCAGAACAGAGUGUUCUAUAUUCCUUAGAACUUCCGCAGAGACUUUUAGAAUAAAACCCUGCUAGUUGCCAUCCAUCUUCCUGAUUUCCAUCUGGGUGGCAGAGCCAGAACAACUUCUAGUCCCUUUUACCGGCCCUAUUGGCCUCCUAGUUGACACCCAACACCCCUCUUCCCACUCAGCCCCUCCCCCAGGUCCCCUCUCCAGAAUUCUGAGUUUUCCCUUCAAGUCCUCCCGGUUUGAUGGCUUUACUCUUCUCUCCUCCCAUCUCUCAGCUGCUUCUUGGCCUUGCUUUGCCCCUUCUCCCACCAUGGGCCUCUCUAGCCUCAAGUCCCCAGGUGUUCCUCGCAAAUAAAUUGGUGUACAAACUGUAGAGCUCGUCUCUCUCUUCUGGUAGUUGUGGAGGCUGAGGAAAGCUGAGGUCCCACCUGACUGCCCCACCUCGGGGCUCCCAGCUCUGUUGAACUCUGCUUCUGCCCGACCUCCAUGUCUUGGAUUCAGCUCUAGGCACAAAAGGUGAAGAACUGGAAGCCUUUCUGUGGCGAAGGGCAAAAGGGCAGUGGGCACCCUUGGCAGUGCUAUGUGGGGCCUGGGUUGGGGGAGGUCCACGGUGUGGGAGGUGAGCGCUGGCGGGAGUGGAGCUAUGAGGCCUGGGACCAGGCCCAGGGAGAGGGUGGGGGGAAGCACCCU